UUUUAAAUAAAUAGGUUUACCUAUAUUAUACAAUUAUAUAUUUUCAGUUUUGUUAUACUCAUCUCUAGUCUCUAGUAUCUAUUAAUAUUGUAUUGUGAAUACAUUUAUUAUUUUAUAAAUAAACUUGAAAAUUAUCAAAGUUCAGAAUGAUUUGUAGAAAAUAUUUCUCAAAUUUUUUAGUAAAACAGAAUUUUCCUUCAUCUAAACUAUAUUUAUCAAAUUUGACUAGAAACUCUAGUAUGACAGCUAAAUCAGUUGAAUUAAAUUCAUUUAGCAGAAGGAAAAAGAGUAACUCAGAUAUUGGAUGGAUUUUGCUAGUAUUACCAAUUUCUGCAUUUGGGCUAGGUACAUGGCAAGUUAGGCGAAAAUUAUGGAAAGAAAAUCUGAUUCAAGAACUUAAAUCUAAAACUAAAUUACCUGCAUUGGAUUUUCCUGAGAAUGAAAAAGAACUUACAAACCUGGAGUAUCGUAGAAUUAAAGUAGUUGGUGAAUUUGAUCAUUCAAAGGAGUUGUACUUAGGUCCUAGAUCCUGUUUAACUGAUGGUGGAGCUGAGAAUACCAAUGGAUUAUUUUCUGGAUCUGGAUCUACAAAAAGUGGUUAUUAUGUCAUCACACCUUUUAAAUUAUCAAAUAGACCUUACUCAAUUUUAGUGAAUCGUGGUUGGGUAUCUAUGCAAAAUAAAAACCCUGCAUCACGAGUUUCUGGCCAAGUUGCUGGUGAAAUUGAAUUAGAGGGUGUUGUUCGUUUAACUGAAUCUAGACCUCAAUUUGUAACUAAGAAUGUUGCAGACUCUCGUUUUUGGGCUUAUAGAGAUUUAGAGGCAAUGUCAAAAAUAGUAGACAGUGAACCUAUUAUGAUUGAUGCUGUGGUUGAAUGUAGUAUUCCUGGUGGUCCAAUUGGUGGUCAAACAAAUAUUUCCUUGAGAAACGAACAUGUAUCGUAUAUUAUUACAUGGUAUGGUUUAGCAAUUGCAACAGGAUACAUGUGGUAUGCAAAAUAUUCACACGCAUUAAGAUCUAUUAUUAAAUAAAUACUGUUAGUUUAUGUACCAGUCAAAAUAUACAUGUUACAAAUAAAAUAAUUAUUAACAAUUUACUAUUUGUUUCACAAUUUAUAUUUUGUUAUGGUAAUAUUAAGAACAAUAAAUAUAAUUUUAAAAAAUUAAACUUUAUUAUGUUUAACUUAUGUAUUAACCUAUAAGAAUAAUUUUCUUUAUGUAACUAAUAAGUAUAAUAAAUAUUAGUAUUGUAAACUUU